GAUUUCGCAAUUUGAAUUUGUCUUUCGGUGUUGCUGCUGUAUUUGUUGCUCGCUGUAUCGUCUUUUACUUUUAUUUACGUAAUUUUCGAAACUGUCGUAAACCCACUCUGACCAAAAUUCAAUGAUCUAAAACAAAGUCAUCUAGAGGCGUCAUCAUUUUGAGUGGUCAAACCUGUUGGCCGGCCAGACAUGUCGCGAUCUGCCCAAGAUUUAUUUGGGGUGUUGCGGGGCAUGCAGAUAGUUGCGGAGGCGUGCGGCCGAGAGCAUCUUGCGCUGACUAAACAUCUGUGGAGCAACUCAAAUGUGCGAGAGCUGCUGUCAGAUAAUGUGAGUCAGACACAGCACAAAUGUCGUAAGGUUGCCGAGCAGCCCGGAGAGGAACUAAAACGCAUUCAAUUGAUGGUAAAUGAGACGAGCGAACGUAGUUACGUUGUGGCCAAAGGAUUGUGUCAUUUAAUUGAAACGAAAUUCACUCAUCAAAUGGACUCAACAAGGACGGCACCAAGAGAGCAAGGCGGAGCGUCAAUGGGACCAAAUCCAACAGCAGUGCCUACAGCGGUGGCUCAACAUUUCAAUGGAGAUUUUGACACAUCCAAUUUGGAUAUAUCGUCGAUAACCUUAUUAGAAUUUGAAGAGAUUCUCUCCAAGCGAAAUAAGAAUCGCAAUGUUAGCCUAAGAACUCCCGUCACACCAGCAAAGAAUAGCGAACAGGCAGUGCCGCAGUCCAACACCCCUUCAUCCGCUUCCUGCUCCACGUCCUCCUCCUACGUUGUGAGAGAAGAUCCUAAACCACCGCCAUCUCCUCCACCAACUAAUGAGGGCAUUAUUGCUAAGGAUACAGAAUAUGUGAAUAAUGUUUUGCGUUUUGUUGCUAGCUCCUCUAGUGGCACAUCAUCUGAAGGUGCAAGUGGAACUGGAGCUGGCACUGCACCAAUUGAUGUACCCGAACUGAGUAAAGUGGCCAAACAACGCAAGGUGCCCUCCUCACGUAUUGGCCGCAUGGCGUCGUUUGGUGGCCUUUUUGCCGGCCUGGGCCUUGGUACGAUCAAUGAACUGACCAAGGGAGCACUCGGACUGGGCGGCUCCACAAAUAUGCGGGAAGCUCUGCUUAGUCCGGCCAAUGCUGAGCGCAUAGUGGACACCUUAUGCAAAGUGCGUGGAGCUGCUCUGAAAAUUGGCCAAAUCCUGAGUAUACAGGACUCAAAUGUUGUCUCACCACAACUGGCCAAGGCUUUCGAGCGAGUGCGUCAGGCAGCCGAUUAUAUGCCAGAUUGGCAAGUGGAACGUGUAAUGACCACACAAUUGGGUCCGAAUUGGCGUCAGCUUUUGACCAAGUUCGAAGAUCGGCCAUUCGCAGCUGCUUCCAUUGGUCAAGUACAUCGGGCCACUCUCAAGUCGGGCAUGCAGGUGGCCAUUAAGAUACAAUAUCCUGGCGUCGCACAGAGCAUCGAGAGUGAUAUUGAUAAUCUUGUUGGCAUGCUUAAGGUUUGGGAUGUCUUUCCGCAGGGCUUCUUCAUUGAUAAUGUUGUCCGUGUGGCCAAACGCGAGCUACAGUGGGAGGUAGACUAUGCACGAGAGGCGGAAUAUACAGAAAGGUUUCGAGAAAUGGUAACCAACUAUCCGGAGUAUUACGUGCCCAAAGUGAUAAGGGAAUUGACCACAUCAAGUGUUCUUACCACAGAGUUGGUGCCCGGUGUUCCUCUGGACAAGUGCUUCGAUCUGAGCUAUGAGCAUCGCUUGCAUAUCGGAGCCUCUGUGCUAAAGCUUUGCCUGCGAGAACUCUUUGAAAUUGAGUGCAUGCAAACAGAUCCGAAUUGGUCGAAUUUCUUAUACGACGCACCCAGCCGGCGGCUAAUGCUUAUCGAUUUUGGCUCUACGCGCUUCUACAAGCACGACUUCAUUCGCAAUUAUCGCAAGGUGAUCAUCAGUGCCGCUGAAAACAAUCGUGAUGGAGUUCUAGAGAUGUCCCGAGAAAUGGGCUUCCUUACUGGCUACGAAACGAAGCAAAUGGAAGAAGCCCAUGUUGACGCUGUCAUGAUCCUCGGUGAAAUUUUUCGCUAUGAUGGUGACUUUGAUUUCGGCAAACAGAAUACUACAGAGCGAUUGGCAGCCUUGGUGCCCACAAUGGUAGCUCACCGCCUCUGCCCUCCGCCAGAGGAGAUCUACUCGAUUCAUCGCAAAUUGUCGGGUAUCUUUUUACUCUGUGCCCGUCUCAAUGUUCGCAUGAAUUGCCAGCCCUUUUAUCGGGACAUCGUUCUUGGCAAAUUCAAGGACUAACUGAAGCCAUAUCCUGUAUAUGAAAUGUUACUUUUCUUUGCUCUUUGUUACUAAUCCAUAACAUAAAGUGCUCUUAAGUUUUUGUUUUGUAAUAUAAAGAAAAGUGAAAUGCAAAAAAUGCUUCAACACAUA